GGCAGCUUACCGUUUCUUAGCUGCCAAGCGGUGCCAUCCGAAGUGUCAGUACCGAAACGGCGUACACUAUUUUUAAGUAAUAGAAAGUUAUAACAAGUCGGUCAUGUUUUUCAUUGCCCAAGUGUGCAAUUUCGCGAUCAUCUUGUUCCUUGUUCCUCUACGAACUUUGUUUACGGAAGCAUGUUGGCAGAAUUCUCAUCGCCAUCACGUCGAGAAAAGAUUUCAUUCGGAGCCAGAGUAUAGACAAGACCUGCUGCAUUACAAUGACGAUGUCGGUGAUGAAUCCAUCACAGGGUCGGACAAUGGAAUUCUCCGUAAACGCCGAAGAGUUACUCAACUAACAGGAAAUAUCAAAACUGCAUUUCUUCCGGGUGGUGGCAUUCACGCCAACGUCAAAAUCCCUUCGAUCAUAUCUCCCAUCGUCACUCAACAUACCUGGUAUCUCCUUCCAGAGUUAUAUGCAGCUCUCGCCCUACGUGACAAUCUAGUGUACAAUUUUGGCUACCUUCUUCAGGUACCGCACAAUAGUUUGACACAAGAUCAGUACGAGGCGUUAUACUUGAUCCAUUCGGCUUUAAGAAAAAAACAUGUCUACACGUACAACUUACUAAGCAAGUUGUGCAAAUUAAACGAAACCUCGAGAAAGCGACAGAUGCAAAUAUUGUUGGACAACCUUGCAAAUAACUUGUCGCCAGCUUUACAGGGUGCUGCGAAAUUCUUGGCCUCUGAAAUUCUUCGGCAUCGUUUGAACGUGGAUCAUCUUCUAGAAUCGGAUGACUUAAACUUUUACGCAAAUAUUGACAUGAGGACGAUUGAGAUCUGUCGAACCGGCUUGCAAAUUAAGGAGGCCCACGCUGCGAAUCGUGAAGAGGAUAGAAUCCAGGAGACAAUUGGCAAGGUGUUUGUAAAGAUACUAAGAGACUUCAAAGCUGGAAAAGCUACAAUUCCUCUGCCUCAACUCUUUGGAAUUAUCCUGGCGAAUUUACCACUCAAUGAGGAAGAUCCGGUACUUGAAGAACACAUUCAGAACAUUCUGAGUAUAUCGAAAACGAACAAAACAAAAGGGUGGCCUAAAACAGUGUAUACCUUCGAUGUUUAUGAGAUCGUACAGGAGAUAAUCGAGGAAAUCCUGGAGAACGUAAAUUUUCAUCGGGAUCCUCAACUCACUGACUUAUACGACUCUCUGAUAUACGUUCGCGAUCACCUUAAAGUUGUUAGCCCUGAGAAUUCCAAUCCAUUUUACCUUGACUGGAAUUCGAUCAAUGGAGAGGGUCUGAAUCUUGAUGCUCUACUUUCGUUAAUCCCAGUUCAUUCUACCGUAGCAAUUAGCCUCAAGAACCGCAUAUUGCACGAUAUACAAAAGUACUCGAUCGACAUUGACCAAUUACUUAACGGUUUUAAUAGAUUUAAUUAUGAGAAUCCUUUUGAUUUGUUGCUUGCCAUUUUGUCCAGAUUACAGAAUAGGUUGUCGUAUUAUGAAGAUGCAGGAGCCAGUUUCACCAACGAUAAAAUUGAUAAAAUCCAAGCGGAUAUUAAAGCUCUUACGGCAUACCUUAUCGCGUCUAAGCAUCUUCAAAAUUCACCCAGAGUUAAGCCAGAAAUUAACGUCUCCCUGCUUCUAUCAAAUCUGCAGGAUCCCAGUUUAGGAUUAAAAGUCAAUGGCUACUCCAGUACGAUUAUGAGUUAUAUCAGAGAAGUGCCCGAAUAUGAGGAAUUGCUGAAUGAUUUAAUUCCAGACCAAAAAGAAAAGUGUUCGUCGCCAAGAAUUUGUUUGAUAAAUACUUUGAAGGAAGCUCGUAAGAUCGAAGGACGUUUACCUCACAAAUUACGUCUUGAAAUUAGAUCGUUGUUAUCUUUAAUAAUGCCAGACUGCGAAUGCAAUGAAAUGGGGAAACCUUCAUCCACGACGACCCAAAGACCAGAAACUUGGACAACUUCUGCAUUGUCGAGCACUACAUUAAGAACUAUUCCUUUAUCAAUUAACCAAAUGCCUGAGCCAUCAACAAAGAAAGGACCAAUUGUAUCGCCGAGUACGCAACAAAGGUUCAAAACAACCGAGACCACCGAGCUCGGAUCUUUGAGUACUUUGGCACCUCCCGUCCCUACAACUAUUCAAGAAAAACCAACUGAAAUGGAAAGUGACGAAAGGACAACCGAUGCAAUCGAAACUACGUCGUCCUUGCCAACUGCGAUAACAGAAAGUGUACCGUCAAAUUCCGCCGACGAGGCUCCGAUAUUGCCACCUGAUAUUGAUCCUAAGAACUCGAUGUUUUUAUACCUCGUAAAUGGACAGCCGCAACUCACUACUGUAACUUUCAACAACGACUUGAAACCCGACAUUAUACUACCAUCUUUGACAAAUCUUAUGAAGCCUGUGCAAACUGAUGACAUAAUCCUGGAGCUUGGUGUUCCGUUCCGAAAAGAUGUGAUUGAGCCACUUAACGAUAUCCUUGGAGAGGACAAGGUAAAGGAUCUCCUAAAUGACACGAAUCUACCUAAUCAAUACAAGAGUAGGCUUGCAUUGAUGAUGUCCAUUUUGAAAAUGGCCAAAUUACGUCUUGAUGAUUCAGCUCCUACAGAAUUAGUCAAUAUUAUUGAUCUAUAUAUUAAAUCCAUCGAAAUCAUUGAACAAACUAUGGUAUUACCGGUAGUCGCUUCCGCGAAAGGAAUACGCGAUGACGUCAUUUACAUCUCCAGCGAUUCGAAUGAUUUGGAAAAUACUGUUAUCUCUGGAAAACCACCGUCCACCCAAUCAGGAAAGAGAACUGUAGCUAUGCUGCAUCCAAAGUUCCAAUUGCGACCCGUCGACGCACAAAAGCCCUUUGAGGAAUUGCUGCCGCAGCUUCCAGAGGGAAGUCCUUACAAGAUUAAGUUGGAACCACUGAUAGCCUUAUUGAAACAAGAGAAUAUAACUUCGUUGUUGGGGAAAGACUUCGUGGCUACCAGCUUUCCCAACAGAAUGCUUCUUCUAAUGGCUACGCUUCGGAAGUUGAUUGUGCUACCUGAAAUUAAAGCUGAUGCCGCGCUAGCUGAAAUAAUAAAUGAAUAUCUCCAGACCAUUACGAUACCGGUUGAACCUGGACAAAUUCCUGAUGAUAUAUUUAUGUCAGCGAAUUCUACUACUCACUGGUAUCCAGAGCUACUAACGCUUUUGGUUGCUCUACCGACGCCGAAAAGUUCAUUAGAAGUGCAUUACACAAAUUUAAUAAAGAUUUUAUUGUCACGUGAAAAUUUGUUGGAAGAGUUGGGAUUACCUAUUCCGCCGUUGGGUACAACUCGUGGUGAAUUACUUGAAAUAAUAAUUGAAGCAGCAUUGAAAAGUGAUACGAUCACCCUUGAUAAAACCAAUUUGGAUGCUCUUCGGUAUUAUAAAGACAAGAUUUUACGCACAGGUCCGGGAUCGUUAUUUAUAAGCUGGGUGUGGAUCGUGAUUAUAGAGACUCAAGUACCUCUCGGAGACAUUAUCGACGCCGUUAUCGACUACGAUAAAUUGCCCCGUGAUAUACAAAUAAUUUAUAACAAAGUUAUUAUUUAUUUAAUUGAAAACCCACACUUACUGCAGACCAGUAGUUUUCCAUUCGAAAGUUAUCAUACGCAGGGCACUUUUAUUAAAGGACUCUUCCUAUACCUUGCAGGUCAAAAGGACGUAUCGGAAGAAGCCAAAAAGGAUUUGAAAAUUCUAAUUCCGUACGUGAAUCUCAACGAUAAAGGUUCGAAACCUAUGCCAAAAUUAACAUAUCGAAUUAUGCUACCAAGUAACGUCGACUGGAAUCGAUACGACUACAGGAUGGCCAAAAUUAAUCUGACCUUGUUUCUAAAACUGUUGGGGACCCUUGCACUUUCAAAGUUGAUUUUGUGUGAACCGCAGGACACCAUAUCAAAGACGUCAUUUUUCGGUCUUCGCGAGGAAAAUAAUUUUGGGCACAGUGGUUACGUGUACCUUCCUUCGGAUACCAGUCAACCUGAACUGGGGUUCACAAAAUGUCAGGUUUAUGAUACCAAUAAGACCGUCUGCGACUUUAUUGACAAACUUCCUCGAAAUGGUACUGAUCUAAUGGUAAUAAAAGCCUGGACCGCCGUGACAUUGCGUGACAAUAUCGUCACGAUGCUGGGGUACCUGUUACAUCAAACCAACAAUACUUUGCCGCAAAGUGUAUACACACCUUUGUAUUUAAUAUAUCAAGAAAUUCGUCGAAACAACAUUAAAACGAUGGAUCUCCUUCCAUGUCUAAAAUCUAUGGUGAAAACGAAUCGACCAAAUCAAUUGAUUGCGUUGUUCAAAUCUCUCCAUACUGUCAUGCCAAAUUAUUAUAAAAAUGUCGCGGAUGACUUAUCUAGAGUUUUCACGAAGAAGAAGAACCUACUAAAGACUUUCCUACUGCCUGAGUCGGAAAUUAAAGAAAUAGACCUUCUGCAUGAUAUCGAUCCAGCUUUGAUAACACGUUUGAGAUUCAAGAGUUCCACUUCGAAGUCCUACGACAAACGGAUAGAGACCCUCCAUGGCAAGGAGUUCGCUACGUUAUUCGCGUCAAUCGCUGAUGGUAAAAUUCUCCUGAGUCAACCCGUGUUAGCUGUGAUUAUGUUGAACAUCAGGUACGAUUCUAUGCAACCGGAUGAUAUAGAGGAUCUGCGAUAUCUGACUGACGUGCUCAGAAAUGAAAAGAUUAGGGAGUGGUCCUACAACGUCACGCAGGAUAGUCAGAUAAAGGACCCGUACGAUCUUGUUCAUUCUGCAUUGACGAAGAUAUCAAAAAUGCCAAAUGUGGAUGCCAUUGUAAAGGAUUUGGUAACGAAAUUACUUCCAUUGUUUGUGAGGCCAAUUGACACCAGCGUAAAUCCAUAUUAUGCAGACAUGAAGCCAUUUUUUGGAAGGUCACAAUUGAAUAUCACACUUCUCUUGACCAGGCUCGCUGAUGAAUUCAUCAACAUUUCUGAGGUCACAGCUCUUUCUGAUAUGGUCGACAAUAACGAGAUAAAUCUUGUUUACGCUAUGAGAGGGUUUAUUCGAUAUUAUUACGACACUCCAAAAAAAUUACUUCUCGCAUUUUUGGAUCGUGUUAAAAAUCGCGUUCCAAUGAAUAGUAUCCAGAACGAAGUUUUAAAAAGCCUUGUUUCUCAACUACACGAGAAGCAUCAAAUGACCGUCCAACAGACGUCGGACAAGAUAGGAAAAGGUAAACGAAACAUGGAAAAUAUUAAUGUAACCGAUAUUAGUAAAAUCCUUCAAGACACGAACCCUUCAAGUAGCGGUAAUGAUAGCGUGAUGAUUCAUCGACAUAAUUUGACGUCUUGUCCUAACAUUACCAACGGUAUGCCUCUGAAAAUCUGGUUGGAGUCUCUCAAUGACUCUGCCACAGAUACCAGUACUUGGAAAACCGUGAAAAACGUCAGUUUCAUUUUGGGAAGUGUCAUGAACAAUUCGCAAAUAGCACAGCAGUUGAAGAAGUUCUAUAAGCGACAAGAAGGGAACUUCACCGAGAGCAAGAGGGAUCAAUUAAUCCGCGUACUAAAAGGAAUGCUAGAGUUGAAAAAGAUUCAGGCAAUACCGGUAUUUCGGUAUGAAUUGGUCCGCGUGUACUGUAUCUUGAUGCACGGCUCCGAAGAACAUUCAACCGAUCGUUUCUGGAAUGGUUCUAAAUUAGAAGAGAGACCUUCCUCGAGUAAGCUCUCGGGAAGUUUAAUAGGAAACGUUAGUCUCCCUCUAGCGAAAUUACUGGACAACGAGACGUUCCUGAAGAACUUCUCUGACAUGAAACCGGGAAACUAUCAGAACAAGCGUUUACUGCUGAUUUCUGUACUUCAACGUAUGCUCCGUUCGGAAGCUGUCAGGAACAACUCCACUCUCUUUAAUGAGAUCAUCCGACUACUGAAACCGAUUCAGGACCUCAAAAUCCGAUUUGACGAGUUAGACUUGAUAGUGGUGGCGGAUAGUCCGGAGAACGAAGUCCGACUGAACGUCAUAUCGAAUUUCCUAUCGCGCCGAAAUUUGCUGACCGAUCUCGGAGAUGACUUUGAUGUAGGUCGUUAUCAUACCAAAGGUUCGCUUCUAAGAGCCAUUCUCGAGAAAGCAGCGGAUCGGGUUCAGAAUAAUUCAGAACUUGCAAAAGCGAUUCAGGCUAUGUUACCGAAAAUCGAUUGUUCCGAUGUCGGAGCAGAACCCGUGGAAGCUUUGCGGGACUUUGCUAUGUCAACCAACGUUAAUUUUGAGAAAAUCCUGGAUGGGGCUUUGGACAAGAAGAAGCUUACCUCGGACGUAAAGCGAGCCAUAUAUCACAUGACUUCGGGAUACGGCGGAACUUUAAAUGCUUUGAAGUACGUUCAUCGACUAGACGUUUCAGUCUUCGAGACUAGGGCGGAUUUUCUCGAGGGGUAUUUCGAUGUUCUCGUAAGAACCUUCGAGCAAAAUAUCGAUACAAUGAAGAAGGACGUCGCCUUGAUGAAAUCUGCUAUAUUAAAAACAGGCUCUGGGGCCGAGCCCGUUGAUUACCUCUGAUUGCUUUACAAGAACCAAAGGGAUCAUUUCCUUCACUGAACCACAUUGCUUCUUUAAACUAAUAUUUUUUUUUCAAAUAUGGUAAGUACCUUCAAUAAGAAAUCUAUAAGAUGUACGAAAAAUUAAGAAAGAAUAAAACAUUCAACAUUU